GGUAGUACACCUUGUCUAGUAUGACGUGCAAGUUUGUUACUGUCUUCAGAUAAGGCAGGGCGUAUGGUGGCAGUAUAGAAAGAAGUGACACUGGAAACUGACUGAAAUGAAGCAGAAAUGCCACGCUAGCCUGAAGUAGCAACUUUACAUUUCCACAUCUAGAUGCAACUCCCUUACUGAUCCUGCAACCUGCCUUCUUGCUUACCAGACUGUCCCUGCCCCCUCUGCUUCUGAUUGGAUGAGCUGCCGGACCCUGUGUUUGUUUCAUAUCCUCAUUUGGAUCAUAUUGCUAUUUAGUGGUCCUGUAGAACAAUGGCAAAAGGAGAUAAGGUUGCUAUCUUAUCUGAAGAUGAGGAGGACCAAAAAAGGAAGUAUGUACUUGCUGAUCCUUUUAACAGCACCUCACUUGACCCUGACCAUGACCUUGCUGGAUCCACUGGACCUCCCCAAGCAGCUGAGACAAUGUCUACUGCUGAUCAGGAUAUGGACUGGCUAGAAAGACACUGUAUCAAAAUUAACAAUGAUCUUCUUAUUUCUAAAGUCUUCUACUUCUUUUUCUACUCUGCAUAUGGAUCCCUCUAUCCACUAUUACCUGUUUAUUACAAACAACUGGGAAUGAAUGCUACUCAGAGUGGGCUGCUUGUAGGAAUUAGGUACUUUAUUGAGUUCUGCAGUGCCCCUUUCUGGGGAGUGAUUGCUGAUCGCUUUAAGAAAGGCAAGAUGGUCCUCCUGUUUUCAGUUCUCUGUUGGGUUUUAUUUAAUUUGGGAAUUGGAUUUGUUAAGCCAGCAGCACUGAGUUGCAUGACAAGUAAUCUUGAGCCUGUAUAUCCUACCAACUCCAGCCUUGUUACAAUAGACAUACCAUCAACAAUCGCUGGAAUUAUUUCAAACUCCACAAAAAACAAGAAUAAAAGGGAAACAUUGGAAGACUCUAGUUUGAAAGGAAAUUACCUUCAACUACAACAAAGUACUCAAGAUAUCAAUAAUGACAGUGCUAUCAAUAUUACAACACAGAGUACAACCUCUACUAUUUUAAUUACCACAACUACAGUAGUUGCAUUGACUGAAGUUAAGACUCCCACUGCUGAUCAGUUUAUUUUGGAAUAUAACAAAGAAGAUGUAGAAACCAUGUUUCUGUUACUUUUGCUGGUAGUUAUAAUAGGAGAGUUUUUUAGUGCCCCAGCUGUCACUAUAGUAGAUACGGUGACACUACAAUAUUUGGGCAAACAUAGAGAUCGGUAUGGACUGCAAAGAAUGUGGGGUUCCCUUGGAUGGGGCCUGGCUAUGUUGUCUGUUGGUAUAGGAAUUGAUAACACCCAUAUUGAUGUGAUUAUCGAGGGUAUCGGUUGCUUAGAUCCAGAUUAUAAAAAUUACCGCAUCGCAUUUAUUGUAUUUGGUGUCCUGAUGACAGUGGCUCUAAUUGUUUCUACGCAAUUUCACUUUCACUACCAUCACUUAAAACAAGAAGAAGACAGGAGAGAAGACUUAGAGAGCUCAACAAUAGAAUCAAGUUCCCAAACUGAAUCUUCAGUAAAUCAGAAUGAGAGAGAGCAGAGGGAUACAAAUCAGGCUUUUAGAUUCCGGGACUUGAUCAAAAUUAUUUGCACAGUGCAGUAUGGCUCAGUCCUUUUUGUGGCUUGGUUUAUGGGUUUUGGUUAUGGAUAUGUUUUCACGUUCCUUUUUUGGCACCUGCAAGACCUUAAUGGGACCACAACAUUGUUUGGAAUCUGCUCCGUCUUGAGUCAUGUGUCUGAACUUACCGCUUAUUUCUUCAGCCACAAGGUGAUUGAACUAGUUGGUCAUAUAAGGGUACUUUACAUUGGUCUUGCUUGCAAUACUGCUCGUUACCUGUAUAUCUCAUACAUGGAAAAUGCCUGGACAGUAUUACCUAUGGAGGUGCUACAAGGUGUGACCCAUGCAGCAAUAUGGGCUGCUUGCAUUUCAUACCUCAGUGCUGCUGUCCCACCUGAACUCCGAACUUCUGCACAGGGGAUUCUCCAGGGCCUCCACUUAGGGCUUGGCAGAGGUUGUGGUGCAAUGAUUGGAGGUGUUUUGGUAAAUUUCUUUGGUGCUGCAGAAACUUUCCGAGGGAUAGGAAUGGCAUGUUUGGUUAUUCUUUUACUCUUUGCUUUGAUACAGUGGAUAGCUGUAUCUCAAAAGGAAGAAGAUGCAUCAAUGCUGGCCGAAAGGAUUCCUGUCCCUUCCAGCCCAGUACCCAUAGCAACUAUUGACCUGGUCCCACAGCAGAAUGAGCAUAUAAUGCCUGUAAUCCAACCCAAACUGCCUCCCAAGAAAACUAAGCACCAAGAAGAGCAAGAGGAUGUCAGUAGGCCUGCAUGGGGCAUUAGUUCCUCUCCUUGGGUUGUCCUUGUAUUUGCCUUCUAUCAAAUCAAAGAAAUGGUGGCACUUCGCAAAGACAGUUCAAUUUCUGAAAACCAACAUCUACAGGAAGAUAACAUGAACCCUAAUUAUCUUCAAAUUGUGCAAUCUCCACAAAUGGUCAGAAAUGAAGAGUCUGCUGUCCAGCCUUAUGCUACAGAUCUUACUGAUAUUCAAGAGCACAUUGAACCACCUUGCCCAGAAAGGAAUGAAAAUCCAACCCAAGCAGAUUCAAGCCUUCUGUGCAACAAUACUCUACUGCCACCAGCAGAAGAUACAGGACAUUAAAAAAACAAUUAUAUUUUGGUUAAAAAACUGGAAGUUAAUAAACUGUCACAGCUGUUUACGUAAACCAUUUUUAAGUUAUAAAAGUAUAAGUAUUUUUAAGUAUGUAAAAAUUUAACACAUUAUUUGGAUAAUUAGCAACAAUGCGCCAAAGUAAACUGUAGCAGUGGGAAAUGUCUAUGCAUACAGGAGCUUCUUUUCUGUUCCUUUUUCCUCCCUGCUCUACAGACAGUUUCCUCCUCCCCACACUUCAUCAUCUUGCCUCAUCUAUGUGCCUCUGACCUCCAAACUCCAUUCUGUAAGUGCAUGGUCUGGUCUGGUACAUACUUUCUGUGGUGUCCUUACUCUGCCAUGCUUAGUUCUGUACAGUAACAGUACUGAGCGGUCAGCCAUCUAUCUUUGACCUCCUCUCCUUGUAUUCUGCAGUGGCCUGUCAGCUUUUCUAGUUUAUAACUUUCUUCUUGCCAUUAUAUUAAGAGUGUUUCUGAUUUUUAAAAAGCCCAAUCCGGACUAAAAUAUUAACUUAAAAAAAAUUAUAUAUAUAUAUAUUUAUAUAUAUACAGUAUGCAUACAUAUAAUAUAUAUAAAGCAUACUACCCCAUAUAAAACUGCAAAGAAAAAAAAAGUUCCCUGGAGCAGAGGGCGGCAGGCCUGAUGCUGAGGAACAGAAAUCAUAGAUAUGGACAGCAGAAAGCUGGCAGGCCACAGAAGAAUGCAAGGAGCGAAGGGUUGCUGAAUAAGGGAGUAGGAUCGAUAAGGCCUGGAUUUGUGGCAAGGGCGCAUAAAAUGUGCUCACAUCCUAAUGGGGGGGGGGGGUGGCCUGGGGUUCAUGAUUAUUACCCGUUUUCUACUGUAAUUAGUAUAUUUGGGGUUGACACUGAUUAUUCAUUUUGUACUACCAUAAUUGUGCAAAUGUGGUAUUGCUGAACUAGCAACUCGACAUGGACAACCAGCAAUUAAAAUUAAUGGGUCACAUUUGUACAGGUAUGGGACCUGUUGUCCAGAGUGCUCGGGACCUAGGGUUUUCCAGAUAACGGAUCUUUCCAUAAUUUGGAUCUCCAUAACUUAAGUCUGCUAAAAAUCAUUUCAAUAUUAAAUAAACCUAAUAGGCUUGUUUUGCCUCCGAUAAGGAUUCAUUAUAUCUUAGUUAGGAUAAAGUAUAAGGUUGUUUUAUUAUUAUAGAGAAAAAGAAAAUCAUUUUUUUAAAAAUUGAAUUAUUUGCUUAUAAUGGAGUCUAUGGCAGAUGGCCUUUUCAUAAUUCAGACCUUUCUGGAUAACUGUUCUGGAUAAGGGAUCCCAUACCUGUACCAAGGAUGUAUUUAAAAUUAAAUGUUCUCAAGGUUAGUACUAAUGAGACCUGCAAAUUUUUGGUAGACUGAUUUUAAUAAACAUGGAAAUAGCAAAAUGGCUUUGUGUUAAAGGGGGUGAAACAAAAAAGCAUUGGUGGGCAUGCCCUAUAUCCAUGGUUGUGGCUUAUACUUGUGGACAAUUAUAAGCUUAAUUUUCACUACACAUUGCAUCCCUCAACUUUUUUUGCUCUAAUUUAAGCAUUGGUUGUAUUCAGGAUAUGUUCAGUUUUCAACCCCCAAUUUUAGCUAAAUUAUUGUUGGGAGAAUUUGUUUGAUGCAGUAGAACCCCAAUUUUAAACCCCUAGAUUUUCAGUUUUCCAGAAUUUACACCAUUUUUUCCAGUACUGGGAUUUUACAUUUUACCUAGACUUAAUGACAUUUUAGUGCGGCCCCCAGAAAACCAUAACAUCAGGGUUCUACUGUAUUAGGAAAGCUCUUUUGCAUUUUCUUUAUAUUUGUGCUUUACCAACUUUACUGUAAAAUGAUUUGAAAAAAAAUGUAAUGUUUUAAAAAUAUGUUGCUUAUAUGUUUUAAAACUGCUAUAGUUCUGCAGUAGAGUACUGAUACACAAGUAACAAUUGAGGCAUGCCACUUUCUUACUUGAACAAUUUUCUGCAUGGGUGUUCUCUUCAAUGAACAUUUGUUUGUGUGUUUCACACACACAUACUGUAGUAACCUGCUGUUAAAGGGUAUGUUUUAAUUUGCAACAUGAGGCUUGAUAAAUGCAAAAUAAAUUUCAGUGCUAUGUGUCUAUUUAUACAUGUA